GCAGGUGAGUGACAGUCUCCGGGGCCGGACUCCGAUGGGAGCCCUGAGCUAGGUCUGAGUCUCGUCCGCCGUGGUGCCCGCCCCUCUGGUGCUCUCUCCCCGGCCUCCUCUGCCGGCCGGCCCCUGCCGCAGCCCCUCGGAUCCGACCACCUGGGGCGGGCUCUUGAGCGCUGGGGGAGCCGCCCUCCCGCUCGCUCUCCCGCAAAGUUUGUGGCGAAGCCGGCGGCGAGGGCUGAGCGCGCCCAGGGGAGCGAGGGGGCAACAACCGAUGCCGAACGGCAGGAGCAGUUGAGUCCGGAGUGGCCCGGGACCCGCUCGGGGCAUCUGAGGAACAGCCAGCCCGCAGCCACCAGUGCAUGGGGCCGGGCUGAGCCGCGGCCAUGGGCAAUUGCGUGGGGAGACAGCGCCGAGAGAGGCCGGCUGCGCCGGGACACCCCCGCAAGCGAGCAGCUAUAUCACCGAACCUAUUUUAAGGUGGAAUGAAGUUGCCAGGGGAGUGGACCUUCCUACCAGAAAAAGAUUUUAUAGGACGCAAUGAGCCCCUGAAGAAGGAGAGGCCUAAGUGGAAGAGUGAUUAUCCGAUGACAGACGGGCAGUUACGGAGCAAGCGAGAUGAGUUCUGGGACACAGCACCAGCUUUCGAAGGCCGAAAGGAGAUCUGGGAUGCCCUAAAGGCUGCUGCCUUUGCAGUAGAGGCCAAUGACCAUGAGUUAGCUCAAGCCAUCUUGGAUGGAGCCAGCAUCACUCUGCCCCAUGGUUCUCUGAGCGAGUGUUAUGAUGAGCUGGGCAAUCGCUAUCAGCUUCCUGUCUACUGCUUGGCCCCACCAGUCAACUUGCUCCUGGAGCGCAGUGAGGACGAUGGUGUGGAGCCCCCAGAACCAGCCCCCAGUACCAGGCGGGAGUUCCCUCUCAAGGUGCGCCUGUCCACUGGCAAGGACGUGAGGCUCAGUGCCAGCCUCUCUGACACAAUUGGGCAGCUCAAGAGGCAGCUGCACACCCAGGAGGGCAUUGAGCCUUCCUGGCAGCGUUGGUUCUUUUCCGGGAAGCUACUUACAGAUCGAAUGCGGCUCCAGGAGACCAAGAUCCAGAAGGAUUUUGUUAUCCAAGUUAUCAUCAACCAGCCCCUGCCGCCCCAGGACUGACUCCCAGAGGGGGCGACAAGGAAAGGGGCUCCUUUUCCCCAGGGCAAUUCUUCCACCUGGGACACCAGGCUUACCCUCAUCCUGCUGCCUGCCCUUGGGUCCUCUUGCCCUUUCCAGGCGAUACCUUCCUUGGUUGCUGCUUUGUUGGCAGUGAAGGAACACUGCCAGGUGCAUCUGGGGUUACUUGAUACAAGCCUCUGAGAAGCAGUGCUGCUACAUACAAGCCCCCAGAAUAGGGUUUUUGGCUGACCCUGGUGCAAGAAAUACAGAGGAUUGCUCACUUCUCCUGGGUUAGCAAGGUGGCCUUUUCGCUGCACCUCUCCCAUGGCAGGGUGGGCAAAUCACUUCUGGCUAAAGGGCCAGCAAUCCCCGGGCCAUCUGGGCCCCAGAUAGCUCUAGUCUGGUGCUGUAGGCUAUGCUUACUCUACCAGCUUUUUCCUCAGGGUCGGAAGCAGCUUCUGCCUCCCCUCUACCCCCGGCUCUGUUGUGGGCAUGGUGCCAGCUCCCCAAAGGUGAAGGGGACCAACAGUGAGUCCCAGGGAGCAGUGAGAGCUGGUGAAGGCCAUCACCUCUUUCCCUGCCCCAGCACAAUUGGCAAGGAUGAGAGUGUGUGGCAAAGAUGUAGACUGAGCCGAUCCAGAAUACUUCUGGACAAACUCAUCUUUCCAGAUGGAACCCUGGCAUGGCUGUCUCCAGGCUGGUUGUCUUUCCCACGGUGGGUCCUUGUGUACAGAAAUAUUUGCAUAUUUAUCAAUAAAGCCUUUUGCUCCUUC